AUGCGACUUUCUAUGAUGAAGGAUUCCCGACGGAAUCCGAAACGUCAGAACAAUAAAACUCUUGUUCCAGUGGUCGCUUCUUCUUCUGAACUGCUUCCUGGAACUCGCAUAUUCAAUUCUAUUGGCAAUGGCGAAUAUCUUCGCAGCAAUGUCGAUGCGGCUUAUGCCGCGGUAGUUCUCACAUCUUGCCUUAUCUCCCUUCUUGUAGACAGGCACAAGGAUGUCUGA